UCAUGAAUACCUCUUUUCCUAAGAUGUCUACAUCAUCAUUAAGUUAAACUACAUCACAAACUAACUUUUAUGAUUCAAGUCCUAUGUCAUCAUAUUCAGCAAAGCAAUUAACAUCAAAUGACAAUUUUAAAGUAGUUGUUCGUGUUAGGCCACCUCUACAGAGAGAAGUCGUAGAUGGACGUUUUAUAUCCACUGUUUAAGUGUCUCCUGAUCAUAAAAAAAUCUGCUUAUACGAAUAUUAUAACAUAGAUUUAGUUGAUCCUGAACAUCUUGAAGAAUACCUCAAUAAUCCUAAUAGUUAUACAAUGCACACCUUCUCAUUUGAUUAUGUGUACGAUCAAGAUAACACAUAAGAAGAAGUAUAUGAUAAUACAGCAAGACAUGCAGUACUCUCUGCACUCCAAGGUUUUAACGCCACAAUUAUGGCAUAUGGUCAGACUGGAACAGGAAAGACAUUUACAAUGGAAGGAUUCAAAUACAAUUGUAUAGACCCAUAAAGAGGUAUAAUCCCAAGAGCAAUUGAGGAAAUCUUUAAACACAUUUCAAAUGGAUCAAAUGAAUCUACAACCUUUAUGGUGCGUGUGAGUUAUCUCUAAAUAUAUAAUGAAGUUAUAAGUGAUUUAUUAAGAAGUGAUAGAUAAAAUUUGCAUAUCCGAGAAGAUAAGAAAAGAGGAGUAUUUGUUGAAGGUUUAUCUGAAUGGGCUGUAAGAAAUCCUUCAGAAAUUUAUUCCUUAAUAUAAAAAGGAGCUUAAUCUAGAGCCACAGCCAGUACUAAGAUGAAUGAUGUAAGUAGUAGAUCACAUGCUGUUUUUAUAAUAAUAGUUGAAUAGAUGACAGAAAUCGAUAAUCAUAAAUCUAUAAAAGUUGGAAAACUAAAUUUAGUAGAUUUAGCUGGAAGUGAAAGAGUAAGAGUUACUGGUGCUACAGGUAGAAGAUUAGAAGAAUCUAAAAAAAUCAAUUAAUCAUUGAGUUGUUUAGGUAAUGUUAUUUCUGCAUUAAUUGAAUAAAAAACACAUAUUCCUUAUAGAGAUUCAAAAAUUACACGUCUUUUAGAAGAUUCUUUAGGUGGUAAUUGCAAAACUACAAUGAUGGGUAUGAUAUCACCAGCUAUUGAUGCUUUUCUUGAAACUUUAAGUUCUGUUAAAUUUGCAAAUAGAGCAAAGAAUAUUAAAAAUAAAGCAACAAUUAAUGAAGAUGUGGAUCAAAAAGCACUUUUAAGAAAAUAUGAAUGUGAAUUAUAAAGGUUAAGAAAGGAACUUUCAGAAAAGAAUAAAACUAUAAUAGAUUCUACAAAAUUAAGUCAAUUAGAAGAAGAUAAGAAAAGAGCAGAAUAGGAUAAGAAUGCUGCUAUGGCUGCACUAGAAGCAAGGAGUAAAUAGUUUUUUAUUGAAAGAGAAGAGAAGAAAAAGUUAGAAGAAAAGAUUAGAUAAAUUAAUAGUUAAAUGUUAAUUGGUGGAUGUAAUAUAGAAAAUAGUCCAUAAUUUAGAAAUGCUAUAGAAGAAUAAUAGAAAUUAAUUAGAGCUUAAUAUGAAAAAAAGAUAACAGAAUUAGAAAAGGAAAGAUCAUAAUUAGAAGAAGAUAAAGUUUAAGUUGAUAGAUAUAAAUAAUUAACUCUUAAAUAAAGAGAUAUUAUGAUUGCAUUAACAACAAGAUUAAAUGAAAGAGAUGAAACUAUAGUGUAAUUAUAAGAUGAACUUGAUGCUUAUGAUAGAAUUCAUAGAGAAACAGAAACUAUGUUAGAUUAAAAAAUAUAAAGAGUCUAAUAAUUAGAAGAAUAUGUUAAUUAAAUGGGUGGUAAUCUACCUAAUGCUCAAUAGAUUUAAUCAAUAAGAUAAAGUAAAAUUAAAGAUUGUGUUACACAAGAUGGCCAAGAAACUUACAAUAUUACUAAAGAGAAUUUAUAGGAUUAUGAAUCUUAGAUUGAAUAAUUAACUCUAAUUAAUUAAGAGUAAGAUUAAGAGAUUUAAAAAUUAAAUAAUCUAUUAUUGAAUCAUGAAAAUUCAAAUUUAAUGGAUUAUGUAAAAUGUAUUUGAUUAUUCUUAUUUUUUUUUAGCUUCUGUUGAUAAUAUAAUUGAUGCAUUGUCUUAACCAAAUGAUGGAUUAAAAUUGUAAAGUGUAGCUAAAGAUUUAAUUAGUCUCUAAAAGAUACUUUCAGGUGAAUAAUAAUAAUCAAGUCAUGCUUUUUCAAACAUUUAAAAUAUUGUUCAUUCCAGAAAAGAAUCUCCUAUGCAUACUAAUUAAUCCAAAAAAUCUUUAAAUAAUUCAUAAAAUUAUGAUGAUGAUGAAUAACCUCGUUAGUUAAAUAACUUUUAUACUUUUUCCAAGUAUUUAAAAAAAUAUAUAUAUUCUAGUAAAUCAUAGACUUCAUCAAUGAAAAAAUAAAAGGAUCCUACACUUCCUAAACCACAAAUUAAUGUUUAAGACAUCAUUAAAAUGAGAGAAGUAAAAAGAAACCUCUAUUCUUGA